AAAAACAAUUUCAGACUGACAUUUGUCGCGCGUGCUUGUAGUCGCGCUGGAAUCAAUUUUGAUUGUUCUAAAUUUCGAAUUGUGACGAAAAUAGUGUUUAGUGAAAAUGAUAUUGCUAAUUCGGUAAAAAAGGCGAAACUCCUAUAAUUUAAUAUAAUCAGUGUUUAUUUUGUGCUAAGUGUCAGUAUUCAGUGAGUAUUAUGAACUUUGAGGACUAUGAAACCCUUCCGACCAGUCAAAACUUCACCACACACAUGACUGCCGGAGCAAUUGCGGGGGUGAUGGAGCAUUGCAUAAUGUAUCCCCUCGACUCCGUCAAGACGCGGAUGCAGUCGCUACGGACAGCACACAACAGCACCAUCACGGAGACAUUUCGGUACAUGGUCAAGCGGGAGGGUCUGCUCAGGUAA